CGGUUCUAUUGGAUUGAAGUGAUUUUGAAAAGUGUAGUUGGAAAAGUUCCGUGGUUAUAAAUAUGAAGUUCAUUCUCAUAGCUAUGGCCAUUGCCCUGGUCUGCGCAUACGCCGAGGAGUACCCCAACAAGUAUGAUAACAUGAACUUGGAUGAGGUGCUGGGUAACAAGAGACUGCUGAACGGGUACAUGAAGUGUGCUCUCGAUAAAGGUCCUUGCACCGCUGAGGGGAGGGAUCUUAAAUAUUACAUUUCCGACGGCCUCAAGACUGGCUGUUCCAAAUGCACCGCCCGUCAACGCAAAGGCAUCAAAAAGGUGAUGAAACACCUGAUCAAGCAUGAGCCUGAAUAUUGGAAGCAAGCAGUCGACAAAUACGACCCUGAUAGACUUUAUACUAAAAUGUAUGAGAAGGAGGUUGAGUCAUGGUCGUGAGUUUUGAAUUUGGAAAAAGAUACUGGCCUUUUGCGACGGUUAACAUAAAAAAAUAAAAAAAAUAGUAAUACCUUUUUGGUGUUUUCCAACGCUUUUGAGCUUCAUAAUAUGGGUAAAUUGAUCCAAGGGUAACGAAAUUAUCGAAAGUAAGAAAAAUAAUUUAUUGUUUAGGAAAAUAUCUUAAUUUCUAUAAAAUUUUACUCGGAUAAACGUCGCAAUUGUCUGAAAUUAAUGAGCUUAUAUACCGAUUCUUAGAUAAGGAUUAUAAUAAUAAUUAAUCUAGGUCUUCCGACAUUUUGUUUAAUUAAUCGCUGUAAAUCUCGCUUACUGUCUCUUAUAAUUUUGUUUGCUUUUUCUCUGUUUUGUUGCCCUUCUUUUACUAACUUACCUCCUUCCUUAGAUUCAUUUGGAACUUUCAUGUACUUAUUCGAUUAUUUUGUCUUUGCAAGCUUUAAUUUUUUUUUACGAAAUCACUUUGAUGUAACUAAAACUCUUUUUAAUAAAAGGU